AUGGCUCCAGUCACUCUGAUCCAUGUAUACGGCCAUGCCAUUACUAUCUACAUCAAUAGUCUGCUGGGUUUUUCUGGCCACCAGACCCUCGCAACACAUGAUGCUAGAGUCCGAGAAAGUGCCACUGUUUCUUCGUCAAUUUUUGUCAAGACACACGGAGACCGGAUAGGAUUGCCAUUCUCUUGGUCAAUAUGGACGGCUGCACGUUACCUCCUAACGUCGGCCAAGGUAGCCGGUUCGGUACAGCUUUCUUCCGACUUCUACAUCCUCCUAGACUCGUUGCAAGAGUUGGGGAAGUACUGGCAGAUCAGCAAGAAACAUUGGUGGCUUCUAUAUCACGCUUCCGAGAGCUUCGUGACAACGGAUGUUGAUACCCGAAGCCUUACAUCUUCUGCAAGAGAAGCCCUUUCACGCAGGGCGGGCGAAACUCAUCCGCAAAUUAGCUCAUCCGAAAGGCCACCUAAUCCUCAGAGGAUAUUGAGCAUUAUCACUGACCUGCGAGUUCCAACGUCAGAUGUUGAAGACCAAUUCCGCGUCGACCCGGUCUUUUCCGUUCCAUCAACCUUCGAGGGCAGCGCGACUGGUGCUGACGGCACUUCAUCCCCAACUGAGAGCCAAAGGGAGCCACCUUGGCAAACUGAGGGUGUUGUGGCAUCAGACGAUACCCCUUUUUUGGAUGAGCUUGCUUGCAACGAGUCUCUCUAUAUGUCGGAGUUAUGGUUUAAUACACCACUGAUUGCAAGUUCUGGCUACCAGCAAUUCUGCCAGGAUGUAGAUCAUGUAUGA